AUGAACCUGUCUGAUCUUAUGUGGUAUGUUUCUAUUAAUGGUGGUACCUCUGUGAAACAUCCUCUUAGAUGUGGAGUUUAUCAAGUAUCUGCUUUAGUACCCAUUUAACAUCUUCUUUACCUGUCACCGCUUUCAGACAUUAAAAGGAAAUUCAAUUCAGCUAUCAUUUCUAUGCUGA